AGAAACAUCAUGUUAUUCACCGCUUGCCUUUGAAAGCUUACAAAACACGUUGAUAUUGAUGCAACAGUCUCGGUUACAUUGUAACGCUCCGCAGGCCAACUAAUCGUCCAUCUAUGUGCUGUAAUUUCAGUAUUAUCAGUGCUUGAACCUCUACUUCGUACUCUUCGUAUUUACUACUGGAUCCACAAAUCGUUUUAUUCGUGCCUGACAACAAAUUAGACGAUUAAAAUGUCGAGUGGAUUGCCGGAUAUAUCAAAAGAGAAUCUUACAACGUACAAAUUGGUUGUAGUUGGCGAUGGCGGUGUCGGCAAGAGUGCGAUCACAAUCCAGUUCUUUCAAAAAAUGUUUGUUCCAGACUACGACCCGACCAUUGAAGAUUCAUAUAUUCAACAUGCCGAGAUUGACGGCGAGUGGUGCAUCCUUGACGUUCUUGACACCGCUGGACAAGAGGAAUUCAGCGCUAUGCGUGAACAGUAUGAGAACAGGAGAUGGUUUUCUAUUGUAUAUUCCGUCACAGAUAAAGCUAGUUUUGAUAAUGUCCACUCAUUCCACACACAAAUACUAAGGGUUAAAGACAGAGAUUCAUAUCCCAUGAUUCUUGUGGCCAACAAGAUAGACCUUGUACAUCAACGAAAGAUUACAGAGGAUCAAGGGAAGGAUCUUGCCAACCAGAAAAAGAUUCCUUACAUUGAGACAAGUGCUAAGGACCCACCUCUGAAUAUUGAUGUUGCCUUCCAUGAAGUGGUCAGAGUAAUCAGGCAACAUCCAGUUCAAAAAACUCAGCGUAGAAAGAAAAGGCGUUGUAAGAAAAGUAAAGGGCGAUGUUUGUUGAUGUAAAAUUCAGAUGGAAGAAGUCAGUCAAUACUACUCACUGUGUUGUUUUCUCUCAACACAAACAGGUUUUAUUUAAAGUGUAAUUUGUGCAAUUUUUUUAAGUUACUUGGAUACAGUGUACUUUUUAUAUAUGAUAUCAGUCACUGUAGAUUCACAUGGUGUUUA